AUGAAUCAAGUGGAGUCUAAAGAAAACACAAUUAAAUUAUUUGGAAGAUACAGUUACGAUGAUAUUGAAAUCAACGACGUGUCAUUAAAGCCGUACAUUAACGUACACACAAGAGUAUCUGUUCCUCACACUGGAGUAAGCUACUGUAAGAAACAGUUUGCAAAGGCAAACAUGCCAUUGACUAUGAGACUAGCACACGGUCUUAUGAGACAUGGAAGAAACACAAGCAAGGCACUGUUAGUUCUUAAGGCAGUAAGAGAUGCAUUCAUAAUCAUUGAAAGACUUACCAAAAAGAACCCAAUGCAAAUUCUUGUUGAUGCAUGCAUUAACUCUGGGCCAAGAGAAUCAACUGCCAGAGUAGGAAAAGGUGGUUCCGCAAAAAGAUCAUCUGUAGAUGUAUCCCCACUUAGAAGAUUAAAUCUUGCCAUAGAAUUCCUUACCACAGGAAUGAGAAAGGCUGCAUUUAAGAACACAAAAACACUUCCAGAGACAAUUGCAGAUGAACUUAUUGCUGCAUCAAGAGGAAACCCAAAUGCAUACGCAGUUAAGAAGAGAGAUGAAGUUGAAAGAGUUGCUAAAUCCAGCAGAUAA